CUUGGCACCCACCCGUCAGUGUGGCAGUGUGAUUUUGACUGACUGGCUGAUUCACGGGGGAUUCUGGGGGGGAACAAGCAGAAACAAACAGAGAAGGGACGACACUCUGCUGUUUUCUUUUUCACACCUUGUCGCUCCUCUUGUCUGUCAGACUGGUCACAGCCGAUGGUUUUCUAGCUGUGCCUCCUGCAUCCCCACAUCACUCUCGGAUUUUCCUUUUUUAUUUCUCCUCUUUUGCAUUGGCCGAAUCGAGGCUGGUCCCUGCCAAUCUGGGCCGGGCCGUGGAUCUGUCUAGCGAGCCUUAGCUGAAGUUGGCACCCGAGAUGAGCGCCUGGAGACCCGCGAGCGGGGCUCUCACUCCGCCGCGGAGAGGGUCUGGGUCGUGGCGGUGCUGCUACUGGUGGUGGUGGGUUGUGGUUGUCGGGAUGGCAGUGGGCUCGGGGGACACUUGGAGGUCCGCGGAAGCAUGCCCAUCUUCAUGCAUCUGCAGCAGCACCAGGAUCUCCUGCGUGGACCAGGAGAAGGGGAUCAGUGGUUUCCCUGUACAACAGUGUGAUCCGGAGAUGGAGAACAUCACCGACAUUUACAUCGCCAACCAGAGCAGCUUCUUCUCCAUCAACGACAAAGACCUGCACUGCUACAAGAAUCUCAGGAACUUAACGGUGACCAACAGCCAGCUAACAUAUGUAUCGAAGCUGGCCUUUCAGAACAACGUCAAAUUACAGUACCUGAAUCUGAAAGAUAACAACCUGUCAUCACUGUCCUGGAGGAUAUUCAGAAACCUCAAUAUCUCUUAUCUCAUCCUGUCAGGUAACCCUCUACACUGUUCCUGUGAGAACAUGUGGAUCAAGCUGUGGUUAGGAGAGGAAGCAGACACUCAGGAGCUGCGCUGCUAUGAGGAUGGAGGAGGACGUCGGCUCCUGUCCAAACUAACACUACGUAAAUGUGAGGUUCCCAUGGCAACGUUGAGCCCAUCCAAAGUGACAGUAAUGGAGGGGGAGAAUGUGCAGUUGUCCUGUACGACCUCUGGAGUGCCUUCACCUGAGAUGAUUUGGAACAUGGCACUGGUCACUAACUAUGAGAUUGAGACUUCAGGCCAGAUUUCAGUCCUUCGCCUGUCAAACCUCACAUCACUGGACCACAACAGCAAGAUCAGCUGCAUAGCUGAAAAUAUUGUCGGAGAGAAGGAGUCUUCACUUCUGCUGGAUAUACUUUUCCCUCCCAAAAUUACAAAACUGAGUGAUGCCAUUCCCGACCAUCACUGGUGCAUCCCCUUCAGUGUGUCAGGAAACCCACAGCCAAGCUUUCAGUGGUUUCUGGAUGAUGAAGAAGUGAUGGAGGGGCAGUACAUUAUGACCAUAAUCCAUGACAUUACAGAGAGGGAGUACCACGGCUGCCUGCAGCUGGACAGCCCCACACACCUCAACAACGGGCGAUACACACUAGUGGCUGAAAACAAAUUUGGAACAGAUCGAAAAGAUGUAGAGGCUCACUUUAUGCACAAGCCUGACGGGACUGGCAGUGAACCUUAUUAUUAUGAGGAGCUAACCACAGAAGGCCCACCAGUGGACCCACCGGAGGACAGAGUCGCUGUCUAUGUGGUAGUGGGCAUCGCCGCUGUGGCCUUUACCGGUUUUCUUCUAAUGUUGGUUAUUCUAAAGUUUGGUGGAAACUCCAAGUUUGGCAUCAAAGGACCAUCUUCAGUGAUCAGCAACGACGACGACUCGGCCUCCCCUCUUCAUCACGUCUCCAACGGUAGCAACACGCCCUCUUCAUCAGAGAUGGGCCCCGACGCCGUCAUCAUCGGCAUGACCAAAAUCCCUGUGAUCGAGAACCCGCAAUACUUCAGGAGCACAAACAGCCUACUGAAAACUGACACAUUUGUGCAGCAUAUUAAGAGACACAACAUUGUGCUGAAGAGAGAGCUGGGAGAGGGGGCCUUUGGUAAAGUCUUCCUGGCCGAGUGUUACAACCUUUCACCCGAUCAGGAGAAGAUCCUGGUGGCUGUCAAGACUCUUAAAGAGGCCAGUGAGAAUGCCAGGAAGGAUUUCCACCGUGAGGCUGAGCUGCUCACCAACCUUCAGCAUGAGCACAUUGUGACUUUCUACGGAGUCUGCGUGGAGAGCGACCCACUCAUCAUGGUGUUUGAGUACAUGAAACACGGAGACCUCAACAAGUUCCUCAGGUCUCAUGGUCCAGAUGCAGUUCUGAUGGCAGAGGGUCAGACCACCAGACCCGUGGAGCUGACCCAGUCCCAGAUGCUGCAUAUUGCUCAGCAGAUUGCAUCUGGAAUGGUCUACCUGGCUUCACAGCACUUUGUGCACCGUGACCUGGCCACCAGGAACUGCCUGGUGGGUGAGAAUCUGCUGGUUAAGAUCGGAGACUUUGGCAUGUCGAGAGAUGUCUACAGCACUGACUACUACAGGGUAGGUGUCGGAGGUCACACCAUGCUGCCAAUACGUUGGAUGCCCCCCGAAAGCAUCAUGUACAGGAAGUUCACCACAGAGAGCGAUGUUUGGAGUCUAGGAGUUGUUCUCUGGGAAAUUUUCACCUAUGGAAAACAGCCCUGGUAUCAGCUCUCCAAUAAUGAGGUGAUAGAGUGUAUAACCCAGGGCAGGGUGCUGCAGCGCCCCAGGACCUGUCCUAAAGAAGUCUACGACCUGAUGCUGGGUUGCUGGCAGAGAGAACCGCACAUGAGACUCAACAUCAAAGAAAUCCAUGGUCUGCUCCUCAACCUGGCCAAGGCCUCUCCGGUUUACCUAGAUAUACUGGGCUGAACACAGGAGGAGGACAAAUGAGAGUUUAGAGUGUGUGUGGAUGGGGUUACUGUAUGUAAGUGUGCCUGGACUUGUGCACAUUUGCGGUUGCAUGCAUGUGUGAGUGUGUGUGUUUAAACCUGUGAAUGGACUCGUGUGCUUGUGAAUUUACUUGCGUGGGGCUGCUGUACAGGAUGUGAAGCUAUCAUGAAACUCUUAAAGGCAAUCAUAAAAUUCAUCCCCAACUUUUUUCCUCUUUCCAAACCAAUUUCCUCUCCUUUGUGCAUCUCUACCCCUUCCCUCCUUCUACCCUGAAAAGACAUUUACCAAGAGUAUUUUAACUUUGGAGAAAAAAAAAAAGGCUUCUCACUUCUUUCAAAUGCUUUAAUCUGACUGGGGCUAAAUUGAUGAAACCUGAUUAAGGACAUGAAAUUUAGUGACUCAUCGUGAGGACCGAGCGGCGGUCGCUCCCUCGCUGCCAGAGACUGAUGUGAACAUCUGGGAAUUUCACCAAACAAGACGAGGCACGGGGAGGAUUUCCGGAUCCUUUUGCUUGUAAAUAUGAGACUGAAUGGCGAUGAGAAGUUUCAGAGGAAAUGGCUCUAUGUGACGACGAGCCAUAAAGACACUGUGUUUUUCCCUCUCACCCUAUUUGUUUAUAUGUCUGUCUGUCUUUCUGUCUGUCUGUACAUGACUAUUAAUGUCAGCAUUCAUUCACCACAGCCUGCAGAAAAGACUAAACCAGUACACACAGACAGAUUCAUAAAAAAAAGCAGGAAAAGUCCAAUUUAGGAGGUGAUUUCAGAUUGAUACAGAAAAUAUUCACUGACAAACUUUUAGCUGAACUGAGCUGUGGUGACAGCAAUUGCCAUAUGUGUUAAUGAGGAAGGCUGUGAUUAUGUAUGCAAAUAUUAGAAUUGUAAAAAAAAAAAAAAAAAAAAAAGGCUUAAUCUGCUGCCAUUCUACAAUAUCUUGAUGCAACAGACUAAUACAGUAUACAUGAUUCUAUGGAUAUAUGUGCUUGUAUUUGCAUUCUGCAUUCGGCACCUGUUUUUUGUUUCAUAUUUAAUUUGCUCAGCCUGGACUGCGCCAUCAUACAGUGCAGGGUAACAUGAUGACUACCUUUUUUUUUUUUUCCGCCACUCCUCCAUAGUGACAGAUGCUUCACUUGUGAUGUCAAGCGUUCAUGUCGGAGGUCAAUUGAUUCAUUUGUCCGCAGCUGUCUGACAAUCGUGAGGUCUUAGUGUUGAGGAGGGUGGGACGGGUGGGAGUAGAGGGAGGGUAAUGUGGAACAAGCCGGGGGGGCGUUAUAAAUUGGUGAGGGAGGCUGGGUUUUUUUGAGUGGUCAGAUCACGGUCAGAUGUGUGGGCGGCGGCGUUGUAGAAGGUGUGGUUCAUUUGGUCAACCCAUAUUAAAUCAUCAAGGCUCUCAGCACUCAGACAUCCUUGAAAACCACAUCUGUGCUAGAGGGGAUGCACAGAAGAACACACAAAUACACAAACACACUGUAUACCUUAUCCUGUCAACCUCCUUAUCCAUGCACACACACAUACACACACAGUAAAAGACACUCAAAACGGGCAGAGAAGGAAAUUGAAUUGUGCAUGUUUUAUUAUUUGAGCGGUGCAGUGCUUUAGCCAGGCCCCGUCCUCUGUAAUGGUGUAAUGUAUAUUUCAUUACAGCCUAAUGGGCUCCAUUAGCACAGUCUCCUCACAGACAUUCAAGACUUAUUGUUUUAUGGCUGAAAAGGAAGGAUGGAGAGGAGGAGAAGAAAACAGAGGGUCAGGGAAUGAGGAGUAGUGGAGAGGAGAAAUAAGAGGAGAGGUAAUAAUGCAUAUUGGGAAGAAAUGGAGAGGAAGGGAGAGGGUUGAGAAAGGAAGCAAUUGAGUAGAAAGGAGAAGACAAAGCGAAGAGGUUCGGAUGGGUCAUGUAGAGAAAGAGGAAGGAGAAAGUGAGGACAGUGGAGUGUGGAAGGAGAAAACGAGGAGGUGUGAAUGUCCUUAGGGAUAAAGUGAGAGUGAACAUCCAUCAUGUGGACUGCAGAUGUUGUAAAAGCCACAACUUCAGCUUCACACUCCCAUCACUUUCCUACGGCCGGCCUCAACCACAUACACACAUUUACACAAACACACUCACAUUUUACUGGCAAUGCACCAAAGCUUACACUGAAAAUAAACUCAAUAAUACACCGCAUAUCCCCAUUAUUGAGAACCACUUCACUCACUUACAGCUCACAUAUCUGGUCAGAUGCUUACAGACACUCUGUAUAUACAACAGCUCCCAUGCAUGCAAGAAAACACAUUCAAUGUUUGUUUAUGCAUUUUACUGGGGCAUAUUUUACUCUUUAAUGGUGUAUUACAAGAACAAGGUCAUAUUCAUGUUGCAGUCACUAACAGCCAUUUUAACUAGAUGUAAAACAUCCAUAUAAUAAUAUGAUCUGGUAUUUUAAGUCUUAUUUGUUUAUUAACAACAGCACUUGAUGGUAUUGAUGUUGAUGUGAAUUUAAAAAUUGAUUUGAUUGAUUUAUAGUAUUUUAAUUUAUAAAAUAAGAAGCAUUUUGUACAUUUCUUUCUAUAUCUACAGUUGCCUUUUGCAACAAAAACUGACUGAAGUUGAACACUGCUUUAAUUAACUAUGUUUUAGCAAAUGUGUAAGAUAAUCCUGAGUGUAUAUGUAAUUUUUAUGUCAGGAUCCCUCUUAUCAUCUACUUAGCCUGUUCUCAUGUACAGUGUGCUCUACAACAGGGAUGGAUGUUGCACCAGUCUGUCACAUUUGUAGAUCUAGUUUGACAUAUUCUUAAAUUAGCGUCACCUGUCAGUAUAUGAAUGCAGAGUUAACAGCUGCAGCGCUGACAGGGCAGGCUAUCGGUCCUUAAAAGUCAACAACUCCUGCUGUACAGUUUAGAGUUUGCACUGAGUAAGCACACUCAACAUGAUUCAAAACUUUGCCACACAAUAACUCUGUGCAAUAACAGAGGGACGGGUGUGUGAGGGCCUGUGUGUGAGCUGGAAAAAACUGUGAGCAUCAAACAGUGCAUAUGAACGCCUCCAAAAUAAAGUAAGUAUAGUGUACUUUGAAGAAACAUCUCAGCUGGCUGCACUGUGUGUGUACGAACCUGCUGUAUUUUUUUCUUUUUCUAUUAAAUAAUGAACUGCGUCAAGUUGGACAGCAGAGAUUGUUUGACAUUUGGUGUUAUGUGAAGAGGCUGAGAGAGGGAUGUUUGUUUGUGAUGAAGACAUGUCAGCACAACGCAGGAACGUUCUGUGAAACUUUAACGCAUCUCUGGCUGAAAACUGGCUGUCUUUGCAUUGACGCCUGAAGAUAUUUGUCAAAGAACAAAAAGGAGAAAAACAACUGCUGUAUGAACGGACACCUCAGAAAAGGAGGGACUGACAAUCACAGACUUCUCUCUUUUCUCUCUCUUAUUCAAGUGACCUACUGUAAAAUAGACUAUUCAACCAACUUUCCUCUUCUAUGCUGCCUACUGUACGUGAUAGUCUUAAACUUUUGUCUCUAGAAGUGCUAAUUUUUCUUUUCUUUUUUUUGUAAAAUGAAAUAACAGCGAGAGGAAUGAACAAAAAUACAUGUACAAAUGUGAAUAAGCUGCUGAAAGAAAUAAGCGUCGCUAACUGCUGUGUCCGAGACUGUGUCAGUAUCUAGAUUGUACUAUUUUCUUCUUUUGUCUUUGAAGUGGAGGGCAGAGAAAUGGGUAGCUGCAUGGGACUCACAAAUACACCAAAUGACAUACAGCAGCCCCCGGGAAAGCAGAGCCGUGUUUGCUCAUUCUCCCGGUGGUGUGUUAGUGUGUGUGUGUGUGUGUGUGUGUGUGAGUGUGUGUGUGUGUGUGUGUGUGGAGAAGGCUGAUUGAUGCCCGAAUGAGUCAGGAGGGAUCCGUAGGCUGGGUUCACACUCGAGCCAAAUCCUAGUUCAAAUGCAACAAGAUUCAACGCAGGAAUCGGGGAUUGAUUUGUUGUCGCUGUUCACCAGUUCAUGAUAAAUGACUUUACCUAGUCGUGUAGGACUGAGGUUGGUAUUAUGGCAGCUAAGAUUUAUGGAAUCACUCAAUUCCUUUAUUUAUGACCCCAGAAUCAGCCUUCUUCUCUAUACACAACUCACUAAGCCUGGGUUUCACAGAGGUAUAUCAGCAAUAUUAACAAAUGCUUUCCUUUGCCUAUCGCCUCAUCGCGAAAUAAUUAUUGAGCCGAGUCUGGGUGAACCAUGUGACUCGGUGGACUGAAGCAUAUUCCACAUAUAGAUAAACAUCACAACUUUGAGGGUGUUAUGAUCCAUAUCACAUCUAAUCCCCCCUCUCUCCAAACCUUUAGAUCACAGUGUAAGCUAAUAGAGCUGAAAUAUCAUAAAGGUCAUCUUUAAGAUUACCUUUGCGCUUGGAUGAUUCUGGAGCCCCUACACCCUGAAGAAUGUAAUACCACACAAACUGCUUCUCUGCAAAAAAAAAAAAAAAAAAAGAAAAAAAAAUUGAAAAAAAUAGAGAAAAAGGGGGAAAAAAAGGAGAAAAAAUGAAACUGUGAUUUGCUAUAUGCAGUAUCUCUGUUAUCAGUAUCGGUUCUGUGCUAUUUGUCUCUGUGUUUGGAAGGUUUUGCUGCCGGUAGAUAAAAAGAAUGAUCUGAGAUGUGCCGUGGAUGUUUGGAUAAGAGGCUUAAAAUAGGACAGAGAACUAAAUGCUGUAUGUCUCCAACUCCAAUUGUAAUGUUUCUGAAUGAAAAUAUGUUACAAUGUCAUCUCGAGGCCGUAAAAAGUACUCUCUGAAAUGUUGAAAAAGAAAAAAAAAAAAAAAAAAAGA